UGUUUGAACACAUUCUUCAGAUUGUGAACGAGCUGAGAAGGACGUUCGCCCAUCCUUUGCAAGCAGCUAGAAUAAAGAGCUAGGAUAUUUCCGACAACCAGUCGCAGUCGAUCAAUAGUCAGUGCCAGCAGUAUCAGUGCUAGAAUCUAGAUAUUUUAAUUUAUUUUCCAUUUGUUGAACAUCGGAAGUGAAUGUGUCGCCCGGUUUUUGUCUUUGCGGUCCUCUUGGCCGCAUACCUCUCCGACCAGUUUGUUUUAAUAACGUGCAGCAUUGUGCAGAAUUACAGACCGAUUAUUGGUAUAUUGGCUCAAGAGAAUUUAGAGGAAGACUUAUAUGCUCAAGGAUCAUCUUAUAUUGCUGCCUCAUACGUUAAAUACAUAGAAGGAGCAGGAGGAAGAGUUAUCCCCAUCAGAAUAAACCAAACAAGUGAGGAGUAUGUGAAAAUAUUCAACUCGAUCAAUGGAUUAUUGUUGCCAGGCGGCGAUGUAGAUCUACAAAAGUCAGCGUUCAGUAGAGCAGCCAAGAUUUUCUAUGAUCUGGCAAUAAAGGCCAAUGACGUCUCAGAUUAUUUCCCCAUAUGGGGAACUUGUCAGGGCAUGCAGCAGCUCACUGUUCUGACCAGCAACAAGAACCUUCUGACCCUGACCAACACCAAAGCUGUGGCUCUCCCCCUGACAUUCACCCAAGGAGCUCAAAACAGCAGGUUGUUCAAGAAUUUCCCAAAGGACCUGCUGCAAUCUCUUGAAGUGGAGAACAUCACCUCCAACUACCAUAGCUGGAGUCUGUCCUUACAGAACUACUCUCAAAGUGUCAAGCUGAAGAGGUUCUACAAAGUCCUGACCACCAAUUCUGAUGGAAGGAAAGAGUUCAUUUCAACCAUGGAGGCAUACCAUUACCCAUUCUACGCCGUGCAGUGGCAUCCCGAGAAGAGCCCGUUCGAGUGGAUAGACAAACCUGGCAUGAUCCACACUGACUCUGCCAUCCGGGCGUCCUUCUAUACCUCCCUCUUCUUCAUCUCCGAAGCCAUGAAAAGCCAGCACCGUUUCCCUUUGCCCAGUGAGGAGGAGAAAGCCCUGAUCUAUAACUACUCUCCUGUCUUCUGCGGACUGGAUAGCAUAUUCAUCCAGAACUACUACUUUGACUGAAACACACACACACACACACACACACACACACACACCUUACCCAACCACC